UCAUCGGAAAAGCACUAGCCUGCACUUACAAGGAAUAUUCCACACUCACCACCACCUUUCACAUUAUUAGAAUCUUCACUAAUAAAUUACAGUACGAAAUUUCGAGAUCUUCCCACCAUUCCAAGUAUGCCCAUGACUUCAUUUUCUUGAAAGGGAGGGAGCUCAUGGUAUUCAAAGAAACAGAGGACCAGUUUUUUAAUAAGUUGUAGAAUACUAGUUGUGUUUACUGUAUAAUGUGUUGUUUUAUAGGAUCAGAAAUAAGCCAUACCUAAGUAAUCAGUUUCAGGUGGGCUCAGUUGAAUCAAGAUUUCAAUAUGGACAUGCAGAAAGCUUGGUUUUAUAAUGAAUAUGGACCAGCAGAAGUGUUGCAGUGUGGUGAGUACCCUGUUCCUGAACUGGGUGCUAAUCAGGUUCUUGUCAGAAUCAGAGCUGCUGCACUGAAUCCUUUAGACUUCAUAAGGCGAAAUGGGUUGCUCAAAGACUUUGAUUCAAACUUGCCUGCUGUCCCAGGUUGUGAUAUGGCAGGAGUUAUUGUUGAUCAAGGAGAUGAUGUCACAAAGUUUAGCAAGGGAGAUGAAGUUUAUGGCAGCAUCCAGAACUAUACAUCUGGUAGACCAAAACUGUGUGGGACUUUGGCACAAUACACAGCGGUGGAAGACAGUCUUAUUGCUUUGAAGCCAGGGAACAUGUCUUUCGAAGAAGCAGCUAGCUUCCCUUUAGCUCUCCAAACUGCCCAAGCAGCUUUUGAUAGAAUAAAUUUUCAAAAAGGUCAGACUGUAGUUAUUAUAGGUGGAGAUGGUGAAGUGGGUAGUCUGGCCAUCCAGCUUGCCAAGUAUGUAUAUGGAGCUUCCAAUAUAGCAACAACUACAAGCACUCCUAAUAUAAACUUUGUAAAAAGGUUAGGAGCUCAUAUGGUGAUUGAUUAUACCAAGGAGAGCUACGAGAAAAUAGCAGAGAACUUUGACUUCGUUUUUGACACCAUUGGAGACUCUCACAAUUCUUAUGUGCUUGCAAAAGAUGAAGGAAUAAUUAUUGAUAUUGCAAAAGGGUCACCUAUUCCUUCAGGACCCUUCUUUUUCCUCAAUACCAACGGGAACAACUUGGAAAGGCUAAGAGGUUACAUUGAGUGCGAGAAGUUAAAGCCUGUCAUCGAUCCAGCAGGCCCACAUGCAUUUUCAAAUGUUGUGGAGGCCUUCAAGCAUCUUGAAAGUGGAAGAACAAGAGGGAAAGUUGUCAUUUCUCCCAUUGAUUGACAGUGGCUUUAAUGGGCAUGCGUGAUUUUGGUUUUUCUUGAAAUUUUUUAGAUGCCAAAAUAGUUCUGAAGGAUGUAGUGGAUAGAUUGUUAUGAGUUUAUUCAAUACAGCAUAAAAAAAAGUUUUUUUCUCA